AUUCCGUUUGAUGACUUUCUGCUGGCAUAUUCCACAGAACAACGUGCCCUGCUGAGAAGUGUCUACCAAGUUGCAGCCGACAGUAGCAUUUUUGGAGCAUCUCUCGAGGAAAUUAAGGAGAAAUUGGCAAACAGCACGACGAAUGAGGAUAUCGAAUGGGCGUUGCAAGAAAUGCAACGAGAAGUGCAGUUGGUGUUGGUGGGUGUGGACUGCGAUCGUUACGUGACAGCCGCGAAUGGACAGUGCUGGAUUUUGAACGGUGAACAGGGUUCGUUCUUUGCCGAGCCGUGGACCACUCUGAACGGAGACAUUAAUCCAUCAACUGUUCGGUGA